AUGGCGAGAUUAUCCUCGUUUCCUCUCUUUCACUUCCCAAUUCUGUUACCUGCUUCGCCCGCCGCUCGAUCCCUGCCUUUCUCACCAGCCCUACAUUUUUCAAGCAGAAAAAUCCAUGGAGAACACACCAGAGCCCGAGCUAUUCGGGAGUGGCAAGAAUACGAAGAAGCAGUUAAUAGGAAGGAUCUCGCUCGGGCCCUUCGCAUCCUCACAGACGUCUCUUUAGAGCUCGAAAUUGCCUCUACUGAGCCAGCUCGAGCAGCAAGUGGCGAGUUGGGUUUUAUGGGAUUGCAGAGGGAUUGGGAGGUGUUGGACACGUGCCUGAACGCAGAUGACCUGAGACUCGUUGGGAGCGCGUAUGCGUUUCUCAAAGAUCGGGGGCUUUUGCCUAAUUUUGGGAAAUACAGUAGCAUUGGAACACAAUUUUGGGAUGAAAAACUUGAAAAUGAGCUGGCUGAGGGCCGUGUUAAUGGAACUGCAUUUGAUCGAUACUGCAUGGUGCUUUUUGCUGGAAUUGCGGCUGAAGCUCUUGUAUAUGGUGAGGCUGAGGGAGGAGAGAAUGAUGAAAACCUAUUCAGGAGCAUCAGUGUACUUCUAGAACCUCCACUCUCCGUAGCCCAGAUGUCUAACCAAGCCCGUUGGUCCGUACUCCAAUCGCACAAUCUGCUAAAGUGGCACAAACACGCCCAUCGAGCCGCCGUCAAAGCUUUGGAAAAAGGAGACAGUCUAAGUGUAGUCAUAAAGAGGAUUGAAGAAGCCAUGUCUUCUGUUGUCUAA